AUGGAGAUUGAGACUGCAAAAGGAAGUGAUAAUCUAAGUGAUGAAUUUGAAGAAGUAGGUCCUUCUAAGCGAUUUAAGGGGGUUGGAUAUCCCUCUCCUACUAAGGAAUCCGAGGUUCAGCAUUUGUCUCAUGCAGCAACUUCCAAGGGGAAGGAGAAGAAAUUGAAGCCCAGUUUGUCUGCUGAAGAGAGCUUGCAGAACACAGAACAGGAAGCUGAGACUGCAAAUGAAAGAGUGGAUGUACCUUUAAAAGGAAGUGUUGAUCUUCCCUCAGAUGUAGGGCCUUCUACUAUGACUGAGCCAAAAACAUUUGAAUGUGCAGAUCCAGAUUUUAGUGAUUUUGACAAGGACAAGGAAGAAUCUUGCUUUAAGGUUGGGCAAGUAUGGGCUGUUUAUGAUACUCUGGAUGCCAUGCCUAGAUUCUAUGCAAUCAUCAGGAAGAUUUUAUCUCCUGCAUUUAAGUUGCGCAUAACUUGGUUAGAACCGGAUCCGCUGAAUGAAGAUGAAACCAAAUGGCUAUCUGAGGGCCUUCCAGCUUCUUGUGUUCUCGUCUUGAGAGCAAAGAAGAAGUUCAACUAUGAGUUUGUUGAGGUCUUGUCAGACCGUGCUGAUGCUAUUGGUGUGCAUGUUGCAUACUUGGUUAAAGCCAAAGGCUUCACUUGUCUUUUUCAUCGAGCAGGAGACCCAUUUCUAGUUCCUGCAAAGGAGAUGCUUAGAUUCUCUCAUAGAGUUCCUCUUUAA